AUGAUUGCGAGGAGCUGCCCCUGCUGCUUGACAGUUGUCAUUUUCUUUCCCUGCUCUCUUCAGCGUCAUAUUGGGCUACCAGGAACUCGUGGAUUGAAGGGCAAUGCUGGUGUUCCAGGCAUAAAGGGUCAAGAAGGUGAAAAGGGAGAAAAAGGAGUUAAAGGACCAAAAGGAAAUGUUGGAGACAAAGGACCAACAGGACCAGAGGGCGCUAUUGGUAAAAGAGGUCCACCAGGAGAGACUGGAUCCCUAGGCCAAACUGGAGAACAGGGUGUUCCUGGAGAUGAAGGUUCACCAGAAAAUGUUGGAUCAGUUGGACCUCCUGGCAAACCUGGGUUAAAUGGAGCUGAUGGAGAGCAUGGACCUAAAGGCUUUUAUGGCGAUGUUGGUGACCCAGGAAAACAAGGACCAAAAGCUGAACAUGGAGACAAAGGAGAUAGAGGUCCCAAAGGUUUUGUAUUUGCUGGCUUUGAAGGAAAUCAGGGCCCAAGAGGUGAACGUGGAAGAAGUGGACUAGCAUUCAAUGGACUUCCAGGUCAGCCUGGCCCACGGGGACAUAUGGGACAGUCUGGUUUGAGAGGAUACCCAGGACUUAGAGGGCCUCCAGGUAUAUGUAAAACAGGGUGCGAUCCUUAUCUUCCAAAUGAUGUAGAUCAGCAAAGUGAGUCAUCAUCUUCUUUUGUAUGGCAAGCAAAGUGAGUGAAGACUUCAGAGAGAAACAUCAUGAAAUCCUUUGAUGUGGAAGAAAACAAAUGUAAUUGAACAAAGUACGUGUUUGCUCCCUUUUCAAAAUUGAAACCUUUUGAAAAAUACAUAUGAAUUACUGUUUAAUUUAGAAGCCAGUUCACUUUGUGAAUUUUUAGUGUAAAAUAAAAACAUGAUAAUCCUACCUAAGAAGUGGUGAACCAUUUCAUUUAAAUGGCACCUGUUCAGAUAGAGGAUAUUUGUUUUUAAAAUACUGCAUUUGCUUUUUAAAUGUUGAGUACGUUGUACAACAUAUAUUAAUAUAAAGCAAUGCCAUGUUUUAUAUUUGACAUCCAAAUAAUUGUUUCUUUUCUGAAUGUACCUG